AAAUCGCCCCCGGGAAUAUUUAUAAUUAGUAACAGCAUGUGUCAGUGUCAAUGUCAAAAUUAAUUGUCACAUAACCACACCGCAUCGAUUUUUUCCAUUUUUCGCCCAAAAACCCUCACUCCCCCACCCACAAGUGCCGGAAUUUUCGCCCCAAAGUGCUGCGUCACUUCUCCUCCGACAAAAAUUGCAUCACCAAUCCAACUAACCUCAAACUCCGACUUUACUACGCAACUCUUUGUACAAUAAUUGAGCAAAAUUGCGUAAUCAUGAUAUAAAAACCGACAAGAUAAAACAGUUAUUCAUUCGCGAGUGUGAGAUCGUACAAGUUUUCAGCCGACAUGGACAUAGGAAGUCACAAAAAGUGUGUAAUAAACACCGGAAACAUCCUCUCCCUCAACGACAUCACGAGAAAAUCCGGCCAAAACCCGACGGAAGAACUCAUCGAGGCCAUAAAUAUCACAGUCAAAGAAUUCAGAAGCAGCAACUUGGCACCAACACAAAACAGCAAACUGAUCAUCCACAGGCCCACUGAUGACCUCAAGGCUAAAAUUGAAGAGCAGUCGCUGGCUGACCUGAAAAUAGGCCUGAAAGUGUUUCUGAAUGAUGAUAGUAAAGUCCUGAUUCAGGAGGCUGUGGAAGAAGGGUUUGCAACGCUGAAAGUGCCUUGCGUCCAGAACGUGAUCCUUCAGUUCAAAAAAGACAAACUUAUCGAGACUGGGGAUGACAUUAACAGUCUUAAGAAGAUAUGGGGGGUGUUGGAGGAGUACGUUAAGAACGAGAAAAUUAGUCAGAUUGGAUUGGCGGAUGUGGAAGAGGCGACGUUCAGAAACGUGUAUGAGUGGGCUACGGUUAAACCCGCCAUAAUUCAGAUUAAUUUGGCCACGUGUUGUGUGGUACCCCCGACGUUGCAACAAUUUUGCAAAGACAAUGACGUCCAACUGUUGACACAUAGUGACCCAAGUGAAAUUUUGCCAAAAGACGCCGUCGGGGACUCACUGGGUGUACCUUUGCCCGUAAAGUGGAUUUCCAGGUUUUUGGUACACAUUAUCUGCCGAGGAGUUCUUUGUUCCAAAGGCUAUCUAAUUGGCCUAGGAGAAUAUUAAGAUUUUAGUAUUAUCACUGAUGCAUUUAAAUUUAUAUACAUGUGGAGCAAGCUGCCUACAAAAUGUACGCAGUAUUAUUAUUAUUGUGAUCACCCAGUGUAUUAUAGUUUGGCUUUGGCAAUAAAUGUUUUUAUUUUUCCAUGAAAGAA